UGGGCGUGGCCGAGAAAAGAUGGCGGCGCCCGCGACUCCUGCCGAGCCCCAGGCUUCCGGGGCUCCUCAGCUCCCCGUGUGUCUGUUGGUGUUGGGAAUGGCGGGAUCUGGGAAAACUACCUUUGUACAGAGGCUCACAGGACACCUGCACAACAAAGGCUGUCCACCAUAUGUAAUCAACCUGGACCCAGCUGUGCAUGAAGUCCCUUUUCCCGCCAAUAUUGAUAUUCGAGACACAGUGAAAUAUAAAGAAGUCAUGAAACAAUACGGACUUGGGCCAAACGGUGGCAUAGUGACCUCACUCAACCUCUUUGCUACCAGAUUUGAUCAGGUGAUGAAAUUUAUUGAGAAGGCCCAGAACACAUUCAAAUAUGUCUUGAUUGACACACCAGGACAGAUUGAAGUAUUUACUUGGUCAGCUUCGGGGACAAUCAUCACUGAGGCCUUGGCAUCCUCGUUUCCAACAGUGGUCAUCUAUGUCAUGGACACGUCGAGGAGCACAAACCCAGUGACCUUCAUGUCCAACAUGCUUUAUGCGUGCAGCAUCUUGUACAAAACCAAGCUGCCUUUCAUUGUGGUCAUGAACAAAACCGACAUCAUUGACCACAGCUUUGCGGUGGAAUGGAUGCAGGAUUUUGAGGCUUUCCAGGAUGCCUUGAACCAAGAGACUACCUACGUCAGUAACCUGACUCGUUCCAUGAGCCUGGUGUUAGACGAGUUCUACAGCUCCCUCAGGGUGGUGGGUGUCUCUGCUGUGGUGGGCACCGGCUUCGAUGAACUCUGUGCUCAGGUCACCAGCGCUGCAGAGGAGUACGAAAGGGAAUAUCGUCCUGAAUAUGAGCGUCUGAAGAAAUCACUGGCGAGCACCCAGAGGAAUCAGCAGAAGGAGCAACUGGAGCGCCUUCAGAAGGAUAUGGGUUCCAUAGCUCUGGACCCAGGAGUGGGCAAAGACAGUGCAUCUCCUGUGCUGGAUCCUUCUGACUUGAUCCUGACUCGAGGAACCUUGGAUGAGGAGGAUGAAGAAGCCGACAGUGACACAGAUGACAUUGACCACAGAGUUACAGAGGAAAGCCGUGAAGAGCCCGCAUUCCAGAACUUCAUGCAGGAAUCAAUGGCACAACACUGGAAGAGAAACAAAUAGGCCCUGCCCCUUGCUGCAUGGGUCUGAUGUGCUGGGUCUCCGUGCAGAGGACGUCCUGCCUGUGAAUCAGGGCUGCAGUCAAGAACAGUUUUCUCUCAGAUGGCUACUUCUUUGAGGGAAACUUGACUUAGAUGAAGUCUGGUUGAAGGCGGAGCUGGCAGUUGGAUGCCCAUCAUUGGGUAGCUUCUCCUGAUAGUUAUGCAAGGAGGUAUUCUCACCGAUCUGCAAGCUGAUAACUGUUCAGCCUAUAACUUCACGUUGCAUUGUUUGAACUCAAGUAUUUAUGCUGUUGAUGGGACAGAGCUAACUUCUGUUCUGAAGACGACUUUGGAUCUUGACUAGCUGGAUCUGUGGACAUAGCUUCCUUAGUGCUGUGCUCCUGACUCUGCACCUCAAAUUGCUAUCCUUUAGUAAGAUGGGAAAGGAAGAUGCCUUUGUACAGAGGGGCAGCACCGUGCCCUUGGCACCCAGGUUUCAUGUGAUCCUGCUCAUCCGAGGUAGUGCAUUUUCAAGAAUACUGUUGGAAUGGUGACUUGCAUAAAGAUUUUAACUUUAACUUUGUGGUAAACUUUUCUGUCAUGAUUUGAUAUUAGAAGGUAUAUGAUCACUAACAGAUUCACCACUGUUAGUUAUGACAUGGCUGGUAGGAUGUAAUGGGUAGGUUAAUUUCCCAUGUUUAUCCACCUAACCAUGCCCAAAACCAUGUCCUCCUUAUAUUGUACUUAGAACAAUACAAAGCAUUGUUCGUCA